GCCGAUCAGCUAACAGAGGAACAGAUUGCAGGUAGGAACGACUGAGUAAUUACUCUAGCAUGCUUUUAACACGUCUGACUCACUAAUGAACGACACACGCACAAAUAUACACGUCCACACGCACAAAUAUACACGUCCAUACGCACACACUCACAUAUACAGUGAGCUCCAAAAGUAUUGGGACAGUGACACAUUUGUUGUUGUUUUGGCUCUGUACUCCAGCACUUUGGAUUUGAAAUGAUACAAUGACUAUGAGGUUAAAGUGCAGACUGUCAGCUUCAAUUUGAGGGUAUUUUCAUCCAUAUCGGGUGAACCGUUUAGAAAUUUCAGCACUUCUUGUACAUAGUUCCCCCAUUUUAGGGGACCAAAAUUAUUGGGACAAAUUCACUUAAAUGUGUAGUAAAACUUUAGUAUUUGGUCCCAUAUUCAUAGCACGCAAUGCUAUGCCCAAGAGGGCCUGACUGAGCCUGUGACCCACCCACCAGUAGGAAACACUGACUUAACCAUAGAGACGUAACACCGUCUUGCAUUCUCCUCCUCACAGAGUUCAAAGAGGCGUUCUCCUUAUUUGACAAGGAUGGCGACGGCACAAUCACGACCAAAGAGCUGGGCACCGUGAUGAGGUCGCUGGGACAGAACCCCACAGAGGCUGAGCUGCAGGACAUGAUCAAUGAAGUUGACGCAGACGGUGAGUGGUGAAAUAAACACACCUGAUAGGUCAAAAAAACAGGAAACAGGAAGAUUAUAGACACAGGAUCUAAACGUAUCUGGUUAUGUCCUCUGGAUGCUGAAGUACAUAUUCUUUUUAGGAACGUGCCAUUAGUCGUUUACUCACUCUGCCUGUUCUGAGUCACACUCGGUUGACAGUAUCUUAUGAUGACCUCACUGUUACCUGCCUAAAGGGCUUCUGGAGUGUAACAGCUCGCUUUCCUAGUGUUGCAGUGUCAGCUUUACCAACAAGAGUAAGGCCUGUCAAUGUGGUGAGUGACAGCUCUUCAAGAAGCCUGUCCCAACCCAUCAGCUUAUCAACACAUCUCACUCCUGCCUACAUAGUUAUGGCUGAAUCAACAGCGACUCAUAAAUGGCACCCUAUUCCUUUUCUAGUGCACUACUUUUGAGCAGGGCCCAUAGGGGGGUGCCAUUUGGGACGCACUUUGAGUGAUUGAGAAUGAGGGUGUUCAUGGUGGAAGUUGGUCAGCAGCGUCUUUGACUCUUAAUGAUGUUGGAAAUGGAACCUGUCAGUCGUCUAGGUGGCCGGUCAGGCCUCUGAAACCGCGGUGAUGCCCUGUCAGCUUCUAGGGUUUUGGUAAAUGGGGCCAUAUCGAUCGGACCGCCAUAUUGAUCAAUCUCACCGUGGCUUGGCUCACUGUAUCUAUCCAAAGUUCUCCCUUCUCGCUCUGUUCUCUCUCUCUGUUCGCUCCUGUUCUGUACAUCAUUCUCUCUCUUGCUGAUGCAGUCUGAUGAAGGUAAUACUACAAAUAAAAGGGCUUACAUAACCUCUGCUCUGCUCUACGUUUCGCUUCGUACAUUCAGUAUCUCUUAUCUCUCCUCCCCUAAACUCUCCUCCCCACCCCUCCCCCCUCUCCUCUUUGUACAUCCAGUAGCCUCAUAGUGAUGUCAACAGCAGGGCCACAGAUUCUCCCUCUCCUCUCCUCUCCCUCUCCUCUCCCCUCUCGUCUUUGUACAUCCAGAAGCCUCAUAGUGAUGUCAACAGCAGGGCCAUAGAUUCUUUACCAAACAAGCAGAGUGGAUGACAGAGGAAGUAGAGAAUGAGGUUAGCUUUACCUCCGAGAGCUGUGCUGUUGGUCUCUGUGAGAGGAGAGGCUUUACCUCAGAGAGCUGUGCUGUUGGUCUCUGUGAGAGGAGAGGCUUUACCUCAGAGAGCUGUGCUGUUGGUCUCUGUGAGAGGAGAGUCUUUAUCUCCGAGAGCUGUGCUGUUGGUCUCUGUGAGAGGAGAGGCUUUACCUCCGAGAGCUGUGCUGUUGGUGUCUGAGAGGAGAGGCUUUACCUCAGAGAGCUGUGCUGUUGGUCUCUGUGAGAGGAGAGGCUUUACCUCAGAGAGCUGUGCUGUUGGUCUCUGUGAGAGGAGAGGCUUUACCUCAGAGAGCUGUGCUGUUGGUCUCUGUGAGAGGAGAGGCUUUACCUCAGAGAGCUGUGCUGUUGGUCUCUGUGAGAGGAGAGGCUUUACCUCCGAGAGCUGUGCUGUUGGUCUCUGUGAGAGGAGAGGCUUUACCUCAGAGAGCUGUGCUGUUGGUCUCUGUGAGAGGAGAGGCUUUACCUCAGAGAGCUGUGCUGUUGGUCUCUGUGAGAGGAGAGGCUUUACCUCAGAGAGCUGUGCUGUUGGUCUCUGUGAGAGGAGAGGCUUUACCUCAGAGAGCUGUGCUGUUGGUCUCUGUGAGAGGAGAGGCUUUACCUCCGAGAGCUGUGCUGUUGGUGUCUGAGAGGAGAGGCUUUACCUCAGAGAGCUGUGCUGUUGGUCUCUGUGAGAGGAGAGGCUUUACCUCAGAGAGCUGUGCUGUUGGUCUCUGUGAGAGGAGAGGCUUUACCUCAGAGAGCUGUGCUGUUGGUCUCUGUGAGAGGAGAGGCUUUACCUCAGAGAGCUGUGCUGUUGGUCUCUGUGAGAGGAGAGAGGGAGAGGCUCUGAAGUAGUGUUUGUGGUUCCCUGUCAUAGCUUUUUUUCUCGCUGUUGACGCCCUCCACCCCGUGUGAAAAAUAUUUGAAUUUAUUGGUUUCAACAGAAAGUUUUGCAGCCCUGGAUGUUUUCUUAGGGGCCUUUCCGCCUUGCCUAGGAAAAGCUAUGAGGGAAUACUAGCCUGUGGAAUGAAUGUCAUCAUCAGUAGAAUGAGUCUGCUUCCUGUAGUUUGCGUCAGCAGUGCCUCCUUAUAUAGCCUAUAUGAUCACACCAUCUCACACUCAUUCCCUCGCUCCAUCUUUCUCCCACCCACUCCAUCUCCCCCUCUCGUACGUCACAGGCAGAGUCAAACCCAAGAGUCAGUCAGCCAGCUCUCCAUCACUCCAGACCUCCUCUUCCAGUGGUGCUUUUCCUGCCUUGCUACCUAGUGUCUAAACACACAUAUGCACUCACACACCUAGUUGACAGAGUGAGAGUGUGUGUGUGUGUCCCUGUGUGGCUCUGUCUGUGUCUCUGGGUGUUAGUUAACAGGUCAUUAGAUAGCCCCUGGCCAUUAGAUCACCAUCUUCCCCAUCAUCCCACAUCCCACUGCCGACACCAACGUACUGUAUGUCCAGCCAAAGAAGUAUAAGUCUACCCAUCACCUUCCCAUUGUUCUAGAAAUUCUAUUUUUAUGUGCAUCCAUCCAUCCUCCACCACCCAUGAGCCCACACAUCUUUAGAGGCAGCUGAGGUCUAAAUAAACAGGUUUGAUUCUGGUUAGAGGUUAUGUCAGGGAUCCCACUGCUGCCCCUAAUAUACAUCCAUCCACCAGACAUAAGCCCACACAUCCUGUGACCCCUGACUGGGAGGCCUGGGGCCUGGUUAGAGAAAAGGGAGAAGGAUGGGUGCUGGUUAGACACCCCCCCCCCCCCCCCCCCCCGAUAACGAUUUGGUUUGAUUAGAGAACAAAUCGAUUUGAUGCUCUCACAUUUGUUGCAUAAACACAUUCAUUUUCCAUUCUAAAUUCAAAUCUGCUGCUGAUGAGCUGGGCUUCUGAGCUUGUGUGUGUUUGUGUUUUUGUAAAUUACAAAUCAACUAUGACAUAGCCAAUGCAUAUACAGUGGGGGAAAAAAAGUAUUUAGUCAGCCACCAAUUGUGCAAGUUCUCCCACUUAAAAAGAUGAGAGAGGCCUGUAAUUUUCAUCAUAGGAACACAUCAACUAUGACAGACAAAUUGAGAAAAAAAAUCACAUUGUAGGAUUUUUUAUGAAUUUAUUUGCAAAUUAUGGUGGAAAAUAAGUAUUUGGUCACCUACAAACAAGCAAGAUUUCUGGCUCUCACAGACCUGUAACUUCUUCUUUAAGAGGCUCCUCUGUCCUCCACUCGUUACCUGUAUUAAUGGCACCUGUUUGAACUUGUUAUCAGUAUAAAAGACACCUGUCCACAACCUCAAACAGUCACACUCCAAACUCCACUAUGGCCAAGUCCAAAGAGCUGUCAAAGGACACCUGCACCAGGCUGGGAAGACUGAAUCUGCAAUAGGUAAGCAGCUUGGUUUGAAGAAAUCAACUGUGGGAGCAAUUAUUAGGAAAUGGAAGACAUACAAGACCACUGAUAAUCUCCCUCGAUCUGGGGCUCCACGCAAGAUCUCACCCCGUGGGGUCAAAAUGAUCACAAGAACGGUGAGCAAAAAUCCCAGAACCACACGGGGGGACCUAGUGAAUGACCUGCAGAGAGCUGGGACCAAAGUAACAAAGCCUACCAUCAGUAACACACUACGCCGCCAGGGACUCAAAUCCUGCAGUGCCAGACGUGUCCCCCUGCUUAAGCCAGUACAUGUCCAGGCCCGUCUGAAGUUUGCUAGAGUGCAUUUGGAUGAUCCAGAAGAGGAUUGGGAGAAUGUCAUAUGGUCAGAUGAAACCAAAAUAUAACUUUUUGGAGGACAAAGAAUGGUGAGUUGCAUCCAAAGAACACCAUACCUACUGUGAAGCAUGGGGGUGGAAACAUCAUGCUUUGGGGCUGUUUUUCUGCAAAGGGACCAGGACGACUGAUCCGUGUAAAGGAAAGAAUGAAUGGGGCCAUGUAUCGUGAGAUUUUGAGUGAAAACCUCCUUCCAUCAGCAAGGGCAUUGAAGAUGAAACGUGGCUGGGUCUUUCAGCAUGACAAUGAUCCCAAACUCACCGCCCGGGCAACGAAGGAGUGGCUUCGUAAGAAGCAUUUCAAGGUCCUGGAGUGGCCUAGCCAGUCUCCAGAUCUCAACCCCAUAGAAAAUCUUUGGAGGGAGUUGAAAGUCUGUGAUUCCCAGAGACAGCCCCAAAACAUCACUGCUCUAGAGGAGAUCUGCAUGGAGGAAUGGGCCAAAAUACCAGCAACAGUGUGUGAAAACCUUGUGAAGACUUACAGAAAACGUUUGACCUGUGUGAUUGCCAACAAAGGGUAUAUAACAAAGUAUUGAGAAACUUUUGUUAUUGACCAAAUACUUAUUUUCCACCAUAAUUUGCAAAUAAAUUCAUUAAAAAUCCUACAAUGUGAUUUUCUGGAGAAAAAAAAUCUCAUUUUGUCUGUCAUAGUUGACGUGUACCUAUGAUGAACAUUACAGGCCUCUCUCAUCUUUUUAAGUGGGAGAACUUGCACAAUUGGUGGCUGACUAAAUACUUUUUUUCCCCACUGUAUAGCACAAUGUUUCAUUUCACCCCCAUCUCAAAAUGGAAUGGUUUUGACAGUUUGGAUGUUUUUAGAGAGCUUAUUUUCUCAUUCUGCUUCGGCCAUGCAGAGCACCUCGCAAAAGUGAUUCCUCGUUAUGAAAUGAUCAACUUUACCCUGUAUAUCUGUAAAUGACCAUAUACUGUACACUGACUGUUUUUAAAGCAAAACUACCAAAACUAUUGCUGAUGGUGAACCUUAACAAUUCAAAUAAAAUCUAUUGUAAGGCCCAUUCAACAGGUAUCGCCAGAUGAGUUGUCUCCGGUAGCUUACUUUUAUUCCGGUAAAACACUAUUUUCAACAGCGCAUAGAUAACAAUAACCUAGCAAAUUACAUAGGUUGUCACUCAAUUAAUAAAGCCUAAUAUCGCACAAGCCAUUUUAGCAUUUGAAUGCUGAAGGUGCAAGAUCAGGAACAGGCCUCCUACCUCGCGUUGGUCAGCGCGCGAAGCUGGGCACAGUGUGCAGUUUGACUAGGCUACUGAUAUUCCCUGGGGUUGUUCGGCAUGCAAAAUCACUUGUAGGUCAAUGACUGUCAACACAGUUACAUGCUUAGUUCCACACUGAAGGAGAGGACGCAUCAGUUGUCACAAAAGAUUAGGUAUUUUCGUAAAGGUAGCAAAAAAGUGAUAUGAGCCCCCAAAAUGUGAAUCAAUCGAUUUUCUGACCGAUGCAUGCUACGUUUGGAUCGGUUUGGGCCAGACCGAUGCAUUCCUAUCUUAAUGGGAUACUUCCGUAUUUGGGCAAUAAGGCCCUUUAGCAUGCUAGUAGAUACCCAUAGACUUCCAGUCAUUGCUCUAACGCUAGUUAGCGUUGGCUCGCGAAACGAACUCUAACUUCCUUUAUACUGGACACAACGCAGUGAAUAACUUAAAGAGACUUAAAAAUGACUCUGUGGAGGUAGAUAAAGGGCCUCAUUACCAAUACCCAGAAGUAUCCCUUUAAACAUUUGAAUCAGGGACUGAUGAGUAUAAGUGAAUCGUUACAUCCUUAAUUAUCAUCAUAGGAAAAUUCUAGCUAGGCAACCAAGCAUUUGUCUUUAUUUACACAGAGUUUUUCUAAAUCAUUCGAUUUUCUGCAUAGUCUUUCUUCAUUUAUACAGUUUUUCUAAUCAACAGCAGAUGUACAGGUAACUGACAAAAUGGAAACACUUGAGUAAAUGAGGGAUACAAAGUAUAUUAUAAGCAGGUGCUUCCACACAGGUGUGAUUCCUGAGUUAAUUAAGCAAUUAACAUCCCAUCAUGCUUAGGGUCAUGUAUAAAAAUGCUGGGCAGGCCAUUAUGUUGGCCAUUAUUUGGCUACCAUGGCUAUGCCCCCAUAGGAUGACAAUGCCCCCAUCCACAGGGCACGAGUGGUCACUGAAUGGUUUUAUGAGCUUGAAAACGAUGUAAACCAUAUGCCAUGGCCGUCUCAGUCACCAGAUCUCAACCCAAUUGAACACUUAUGGCGAGGUGCCUGAGACAGGGUUUUCCACAAUCAUCAACAAAACACCAAAUGAUGGAAUUUCUUGUGGAAGAAUGGUGUUGCAUCCCUCCAAUAGAGUUCCAGACACUUGUAGAAUCUAUGCCAAGGUGCAUUGAAGCUGUUCUGGCUCGUGGUCGCCCAACGCCCUAUUAAGAGACUUUGUUUCCUUUUUUCUGGCAGUUACCUGUAUGUUCUACUUUUAUCUCUAUCUUAUUCUUGUAUUGCACUCUGCACCUUUAACUGAAUGUGGUAGUUCUAUCUCCAAUCCAGGCAACGGCACCAUUGACUUCCCAGAGUUCCUGACCAUGAUGGCCAGAAAAAUGAAGGACACAGACAGCGAGGAGGAGAUCCGUGAAGCCUUUAGGGUAUUCGACAAGGUAAGGUACUACAUGUACUCAGCUGCGAUUUUAUCAUGUCAAUCUUGGUGGGGCAAACCCCCCCCCCAAAAAAAAAGUUUUGCUAUGCAUGCCAGCAAAGCCACUACACAACACAACACUAAACAAUACAUUAAUUGGACUAUAAUGGUGACAAACAGUGCCCACAAACAGUUAGGGCCUACAUAAAGCUGUCCCAACAACAGUCCCAACAUCUUACCACUGCUACACCUGGCUAUCAGCAGAGCCUUGUCUGGUAGCGAAACAGUUAAUUCAGCCUCAUUUACUGCCUUAAAAAAAAAAAACUGUUGAUAUGGCUGACUUGCUUAAACAAAUGUGGUUUCUACUGACAAUUGAGAUGUACAAACUAUGGCAUAAGGGGACGACGAGCGGAUAAGAGGCAAUAUAACUAUUUGUUCAGCACUUUUGAAAUGUACAGCAACAGAAUUCAGAACAUGGGCCGUUCUUACAGUAGUCUCCCUGUACACCAAGUCAGAAUCGUACGAUAAAUAAAGGGGGUAUAUAAGCAGACAAUGAAAGCUCUUACAAUAUUUGAUGAUGACAUUUCUCUAAAACAGGCUAUAGGAUACAUGUGCACCACCAAGUCAGAACAGUAAGCUAAAUUAUGAGGGGAAAAGGGACCAAAUUAUUAGAAUGAGGCACAUGGGCUACUAACGGCUUACUACACAACAUACACUUAGUAUUACUUUUUAGCUACAGUAUACAUAUCUCCCUGGCAUAUUACAUCAUUUAUGCAGCAGCAUACAAUACAUCUUUGGACUCACCUUGUUGUGCUGUGCUCACUUGAACAGGAAGGUGGUGCGGCGGUCCUUGGUGGGCAAAUUUUGUCAUCACUUGGUCAUCAAAGUCUGCCAUUCUCUGGAUUGAUGGUGCUUUCAAGACAACUGGGAACUGAAAAAAACAAGGACGAAUCAUGACAUUAGUGAUCUUCAGGUCGGAGCUCUAGAAAGAGGCCCGGGUUCCCGACUUAGAAUUCCGAGUUGGAUGACCAUUCAAAACUUAUUUUGCCAGUCGGAGCUCGUUUUUAUCCGAGUUCCCAGUUGUCUUGAACUCACUGAAGUCUGAGAUUUCCGAUUUUCCAGUUGGUUUGAAAGCGGCAGAAGUCAUGCUGGAUUGACAGCAUGGCCAAUGUUGAAUGUUUAUACCUUUUUAAGCUUUGAAAAGAGCCCCUUAUACCCAGAUUUGGACCACACAUCAACUCCACUGAAUAGCAGGCUAGUGGUUGCGUUUCAAUGCUUGCAGUUAGCCACUGAUUCCUUCCAAACCACUCUUUGUUGAAUUUGCAAUUUCCAACAUGUUUAUGUCCAAUGACCGAUGAGCACCGAUACAUUUUAUCUAUACUUUCUCUUCAUAAUUUCUCUUAAUAUUACAAGGAUUGAAAAGGAUUUGCCAGUAUAUUGUCGACUUGAUUCAUGAUGAUGACUGCUAGCUAAGAUUUUGAAAGUAUGAUGUUGACAUGAUCAGUCCAAUCAAAGCUACUGUAGGUAUAACGUGAUUUUAUGUCAUUUUAUCUGUGGCCAAUGACCUUGAGGCUUCUUGGAUGGGCACUUCUAAUGUAACUCUAUGGCAGCACCCAAGGGUCUUGAAUUUUUCGAGCUCUCCCCGUAGAUUUUGCGGUGACGUGUUGUCCCCAUGAGUGACAGAACACUGAGCCAAUCACGGCGCAACUAGAGAACAUUACCAACCGUUACGCUCCGUAUUUUCAGUUGGCUGCCCCACCACCACAGAAAGCACUGAGCUAGGUUGAAACACCUGCAUUUUGGAGCUGCCUUACUCAAGAAAGCAAAAGAGAGACCAUGUUUGUAUGCGGCUUUAUUAACUCAAUGAUUUAUAAAUGUUUGUACAUUGUUUGCAGACUGAUAUGUGACAUGUAUUAAUGCCAAAAUAACAUGCAAAAAGGGUGGGGCUCAAAACAUUUGGGGCUCCUCCCCACCUGUCCUGAAUGACGGGACGCCAAAGCAUGUACUACCUUGGAGAGUAGAGACUAUUAUCCUCAUAGGACAAUUUUGCUUCGUUAUAAACUAGUAAACAGUCAACUUUCAUAAGAUGUACCCACCUUUUGAUAAACACGUCGUCAAACUCUUCCUGUUAUGGUGAUGCUAUAUAUAUCAUUAACCGUCCAAUGGGAUUUGAUUCUCCACUCAUCAUUACCCAAUGGGGAUUUGCCUCGGUUAUAUCCUGAUUGCUCACCGAAUGGGAAUGCCUUUCCAUCUAUUCUCACCCAAUGGGAUUCCUUCUCUCCUGUGUCUCCAGGACGGAAACGGCUACAUCAGCGCCGCAGAGCUCCGCCACGUCAUGACAAACCUGGGGGAGAAGUUAACAGACGAGGAGGUAGACGAGAUGAUCAGAGAAGCAGACAUUGAUGGAGACGGACAGGUCAAUUAUGAAGGUAAGAGGACAGAUCUUGCCCUGUAUGAUUAACCUGCCACAUGUAGCAGUGGUUAUUAGUGGUUAUUAGAUGGGAGGGAGGGAGGAGACAGACAGACAGACAGACAGACAGACAGACAGACAGACAAUGAAGGUAAGAGGGCAGAGUGGGGUAAGUUCAGCCACCCUUGUUUCUAGAAAACCAUACAUAAAGUUAAUCAUUUGACCAAAUAUUUAGGAAGAGGUCAUCAUUUCAUGGAGUCUGAGAAGGGAAGAAACCAUGGUAACACUUUACUUGACACCCAGUGUCAUAACCAUGUCAUAAUACACUAAAUAUACAAAUGUAUGUGGACACCCCUUAAAAUUAGUGGAUUUGGCUAGUUUAGCCACACCCGUUGCUGACAGGUGUAUAAAAUCGAGCACACAGCCAUGCAAUCUCCAUAGUCAAACAUUGGCAGUAGAAUGGCCUUACUGAAGAGCUCAGUGACUUUCAAUGUGGCACCGUCCUAGGAUGCCACCUUUCCAACAAGUCAGUUCAUCAAGUUUCUGCCCUGCUAGAGCUGCCCCGGUCAACUGUAAGUGCUGUUAUUGUGAAGUGGAAACAUCUAGGAGCAACAAUGGCUCAGCCGCGAAGUGGUAGGCCACACAAGCUCACAGAACGGGACCGCCGAGUGCUGUAGAGCGUAAAAAAUUGUCUGUCCUCAGUUGCAACACUCACUACCGAAUUCCAAACUGCACAAGAACUGUUCGUCGUGAGCUUCAUGAAAUGGGUUUCCAUGGCAGAGUAGCCGCACACAAGCCUAAGAUCACCAUGCGCAAUGCGAAGCGUCGGCUGGAGUGGUGUAUAGCUCGCCGACAUUGGACUGUGGAGACGUGGAAACGCGUUCUCUGGAGGGAUGAAUCCGACGGACAAAUCUGAGUUUGGCAGAUUCCAGGAGAACGCUACCUGCCCCAAUGCAAAACUGGGUUUGGCGGAUGCCAGGAGAACGCUACCUGCCCCAAUGCAUAGUGACAACUGUAAAGUUUGGAGGAGGAGGAAUAAUGGUCUGUGGCUGUUUUUCAUGGUUCGGGCUCCUUAAUUCCAGUGAAGGGAAAUCUUAAUGCUACAGCAUACAAUGUUACAUACAACAUUCUAGACGAUUCUGUGCUUCCAACUUUGUGGCAACAGUUUGGGGAAGGCCCUUUCCUGUUUCAGCAUGACAAUGCCUUCAUGCACAAACCAUACAGAAAUGGUUUGUCGAGAUCGGUGUGGAAGAACUUGACUGGCCUGCGCAGAGCCCUGACCUCCACCCUAUCGAACACCUUUGGGAUGAAUUGGAACGCAGACUACGAGCCAGGCCUAAUCGCCCAACCUCACUAAUGCUCUUGUGGCUGAACGGAAGCAAGUCCCUGCAGCAAUGUUCCAACAUCUAGUGGAAAGCCUUCCUAGAAGAGUGGAGGCUGUUAUAGCAGCAAAGGGGGGACCAACUCCAUAUUAAUGCCCAUGAUUUUGGAAUGAGACAUUCGACAAGCAGGUGUCCACAUACUUUUGGUCAUGUAGUGUAUGAAAUAAUACCUGACAUAACCUAUCAUAAUAUGGUCAUUAACACUGUCAUGACCCAUAUUUACACCUGUUGUGACAUACACUACCGUUCAAAAGUUUGGGGUCACUUAGAAAUGUCCUUGUUUUCGAAAGAAAAUCAAUUUUUUUGUCCAUUAAAAUAACAUCAAAUUGAUCAGAAAUACAGUGUAGACAUUGUUAAUGUUGUAAAUGGCUAUUGUAGCUGGAAACGGCAGAUUUUUUUAUGGAAUAUCUACAUAGGCGUACAGAGGCCCAUUAUCAGCUAUUCCAUGCAAGAAAUUGCCAAGAAACUGAAGAUCUCGUACAACGCUGUGUACUACUCCCUUCACAGAACAGCGCAAACUGGCUCUAACCAGAAUAGAAAGAGGAGUGGGAGGCCCCGGUGCACAACUGAGCAAGAGGACAAAUACAGUGGGGAAAAAAAGUAUUUAGUCAGCCACCAAUUGUGCAAGUUCUCACACUUAAAAAGAUUAGAAGAGGCCUGUAAUUUUCAUCAUAGGUACACGUCAACUAUGACAGACAAAUUGAGGGAAAAAAAUCCAGAAAAUCACAUUGUAGGAUUUUUUAAUGAAUUUAUUUGCAAAUUAUGGUGGAAAAUAAGUAUUUGGUCACCUACAAACAAGCAAGAUUUCUGGCUCUCACAGACCUGUAACUUCUUCUUUAAGAGGCUCCUCUGUCCUCCACUCGUUACCUGUAUUAAUGGCACCUGUUUGAACUUGUUAUCAGUAUAAAAGACACCUGUCCACAACCUCAAACAGUCACACUCCAAACUCCACUAUGGCCAAGACCAAAGAGCUGUCAAAGGACACCAGAAACAAAAUUGUAGACCUGCACCAGGCUGGGAAGACUGAAUCUGCAAUAGGUAAGCAGCUUGGUUUGAAGAAAUCAACUGUGGGAGCAAUUAUUAGGAAAUGGAAGACAUACAAGACCACUGAUAAUCUCCCUCGAUCUGGGGCUCCACGCAAGAUCUCACCCCGUGGGGUCAUAAUGAUCACAAGAACGGUCAGCAAAAAUCCCAGAACCACACGGGGGGACCUAGUGAAUGACCUGCAGAGAGCUGGGACCAAAGUAACAAAGCCUACCAUCAGUAACACACUACGCCGCCAGGGACUCAAAUCCUGCAGUGCCAGACGUGUCCCCCUGCUUAAGCCAGUACAUGUCCAGGCCCGUCUGAAGUUUGCUAGAGUGCAUUUGGAUGAUCCAGAAGAGGAUUGGGAGAAUGUCAUAUGGUCAGAUGAAACCAAAAUAGAACUUUUUGGUAAAAACUCAACUCGUCGUGUUUGGAGGACAAAGAAUGCUGAGUUGCAUCCAAAGAACACCAUACCUACUGUGAAGCAUGGGGGUGGAAACAUCAUGCUUUGGGGCUGUUUUUCUGCAAAGGGACCAGGACGACUGAUCCGUGUAAAGGAAAGAAUGAAUGGGGCCAUGUAUGAUGAGAUUUUGAGUGAAAACCUCCUUCAUUCAGCAAGGGCAUUGAAGAUGAAACGUGGCUGGGUCUUUCAGCAUGACAAUGAUCCCAAACACACCGCCCGGGCAACGAAGGAGUGGCUUCGUAAGAAGCAUUUCAAGGUCCUGGAGUGGCCUAGCCAGUCUCCAGAUCUCAACCCCAUAGAAAAUCUUUGGAGGGAGUUGAAAGUCUGUGUUGCCCAGCGACAGCCCCAAAACAUCACUGCUCUAGAGGAGAUCUGCAUGGAGGAAUGGGCCAAAAUACCAGCAACAGUGUGUGAAAACCUUGUGAAGACUUACAGAAAACGUUUGACCUGUGUCAUUGCCAACAAAGGGUAUAUAACAAAGUAUUGAGAAACUUUUGUUAUUGACCAAAUACUUAUUUUCCACCAUAAUUUGCAAAUAAAUUCAUUAAAAAUCCUACAAUGUGAUUUUCUGGAUUUUUUUUCUCUCAAUUUGUCUGUCAUAGUUGACGUGUACCUAUGAUGAAAAUUACAGGCCUCUCUCAUCUUUUUAAGUUGCACAACUUGCACAAUUGGUGGCUGACUAAAUACUUUUUUCCCCCACUGUACAUUAGAGUGUCUAGUUUGAGAAACAGACGCCUCACAGGUCCUCAACUGGCAGCUUCAUUAAAUAGUACCCACAAAACACCAGUCUCAACGUCAACAGAGAAGAGGCAACUCCGGGAUGCUGACCUUCUAGGCAGAGUUGCAAAGAAAAAGACAUAUCUCAGACUGGCCAAUAAAAAGAAAAGAUUAAGAUGGGCAGUCUGAGAUAUGGCUUUUUCGGGUGUCAAUUAAAGUGUUACCGAAACCACAUUGAAAAAGUGGUAAGCAAGUUAGGUCCAAAAAACAGAUUUUCACCAUGUCAAAUUAAUUUGUAUCUAAACCAAAGUAGAUAAUUUUAAGAUUGUUCAAUACAUCAGUUGGGGUCACUAUAAGCUUCAAUAUGAGGUCCUAAACCUAGCAUGAAAGUGCAUCCUUGUAGCUGUGUGGGUUAAUAUAGUCAGAAUGUUUGCCUUGGGGUAAGUUCAGCCAAUGGCAAGUUGAGCAAAUUAAAGCGUUUUCUUUUCAGGCGUAAUGUAAGUCAUUAUCGCUGGGAUAUGAGGUAACAACACUGCCUAUGUAAAUAAUGUUUUUUUGAAGGUACAAAGUGUUUGUUAGGUGUUAAAAUGAUUAAAAGGCAAAAAAAUGAUUUGUGAUUGUGUUGAAUUGGGAAAUAAAGAUAGACAUGGUUUUUUACAAGGUAGUGGUAAGAUUUCAUUCAGUACAGAAAUGUGUAGGCGGCUUAAUUUACACUGUCCUGCAUUUACACAAUGGGUUAAUGGGGUCCAAUGAGCUACAGUAUGUUCCUAAUCUUUGUCUUUGUGUUCUUUCAUUCAUUCUCUCUCUCUCUGUCUCUCUAUCUCUCUCUCCUUCUACAGAGUUUGUACAGAUGAUGACUGCA